AACUCACUCCGUCAUUCGUACUCCGUUUGUUUCCUAACCGUACCUUACAGUAAAUCACAGGUUUUCGUAACCCGGCUUCACCAACAACAGGCUCCGUUAAACAGCUGCCCCUCUCAUUCAUUCUCACCCAAAUUCCUUUCUCUCAGCUAGGGUUUCUGAAGCUCCGACCAUCUAAACCGAGGAUUUUUGAAAUUGAUUGCUCCAGGAGUGCAAAUGUGGAGAGAAUGAAAGCGUUUCAGUUCGAGACUGUUCCUGAGUUCGCAGAAAACUGAGUGAGCUUUUAAUUUUCAGGGAGUUUUAGUGUAAGCAUCACAAGCAAGAGGAUGGGUGAUGAAGCUUUUGAUGGGCAAACCUUGACUGAAAAGUUGUCUAAACUUAACAGUUCACAACAAAGCAUAGAAUCGUUGUCUCGUUGGUGCACUUCAUUCAGGAAAAAAGCCAAGCAAAUUGUUGAAACAUGGGAUAAAUUAUUUAAAUCUGCACAGAAAGAGCAGCGUGUUGCAUUUUUAUAUUUGGCCAAUGAUAUCCUGCAAAAUAGUCGUCGCAAAGGCAGUGAGUUUGUCAAUGAAUUCUGGAAGGUCCUACCAGCUGCUCUUAAGCAAGUUUAUGAAAGUGGUCAUGAAUCUGGGAAGAAAGUUGCAUCCAGAUUGGUUGACAUAUGGGAAGAGAGAAAAGUUUUUGGAUCUAGGGGUCAACUUCUUAAAGAUGAAGUGCUGGGUAAAAAUCCAUCUUUACCAGUCAGCAAUGGCAAGAAUCCAAACCCUAUAAAGGUUAUAAAGAGAGAUGCUCAUUCUUUGAGAAUUAAAUUGGCUGUCGGGGAUCUUCCUGAAAAAAUUAUAACAGCAUUCCAGGUGGUCCAUGAUGAAAACACCAAUGAAAAAGCUGCCUUAAAUAAGUGUAAGGAUGCUCUUUCUCAUUUCAAAGAAAUGGAGAAAGACAUUGCUAACAUUUCCUCUCAGGGGACUGCACAGGGAUCUGAAAUGGCGGAUAAGAUCCAAGAACAGGAGAAUGUACUUCAGCAAUGCGUUACCCAACUUGAAAAUUCUGAAGCAUCCAGGGUUGCCUUGAUUUCUCAACUAAUGGAAGCAGUUCAGGAUGAAGAAUCAAAACUGGAGCUUAUACGGAAUGAUAUGAAGGCUGCUCAUAAGCAGAUUGAACAGGCAGCGAAUAUGAGAAAAAGGUUGACAUCUCCCUUUCUUCCAAUAGAAGCAGCAGCAAGGGCAGCUGAACCGAUCCCACCUUCUGCACAGCUGACAAGCGUUGUUCCUUUGCCUACAAAUCCCAUUACUUCAUUUGCAUCUUCCAAACCUACUGACGAGGAAAGCAAGAGAGCAGCAGCUGCCGCUGUUGCUGCAAAACUCGCUGCAUCGACAUCCUCUGCUCAAAUGCUGACCUCUGUUCUCUCGAGCCUUGUUGCGGAAGAGGCUGCUGCCUCUAUGAGCAGUGGCUUGAAAAGAGGAUUUUCUUCCAACUUACCUUACGGUUCUCCAGAGAAGAGGCCCAAGUUGGACAAUCCGGCGACUUUUUCUGAUAUGAAUAAAGCAGAUGGAGGUGGUUCCGCCUAUUUCUCUACAGGCAUGCAAUCCUUGCCCCAGACAAAUCCAAUGCCCGCUGCAUUCCCUCCACCACCGCCCCCGCCACCCAUACCUCCGGCAAAUUCCCCUCCAAGUCAAUUGGUUCAAUCUGCAGCUAUGAUGAUGGGCGUUUUACCCUACGGGUAUGGUUCUGCCGGUAGCCUCCCACCCCCACCUAUGCCCAUCGCAACGGGACUGACAAGGCCGCCACCACUUCAACCUCCUCAGCAGCCAACACAGCAGCAGCUGCAAAUCCCGCAGUCCCAUUCUCAGCAACAGCAGCAACAGCCUGUCAGUGGCGGUUUCUACCCGCCCCCAGGAUUCGGUUUCUAUGGACAGAGCCCUCAAACAACACCACCUCCUGUUCCCAGGCAAUAAGCCCUUUUGAGAAUAUGAAAAUCCCUUGUGAUUUUGUACAUUAAUAUGAAGUCUCAUCUAGACAGAGGAAGUGUUUUAAUCUAGUUUUUACCUUUCACCUCUCAACCCUACCCCCCAUUCCCUCAAACAGAUGAAAGUAGCUUUCUGCAUGAACUCCCUGUUUGCACCCUCUGUACUAACCGUUAGGGUGCUUUGCUACAGUAAGGAUACAUGUACCUAUCUGUAACAGUUGGUAUAGGACUUUGUUUAAGGUAGAAAUAGUUAUUACAAAAACCUAAUUUAAUUUUCGAAACUUUUGUUUAUCCUUUACAUGUAAAGUUUUCUAUUUUACUUUUA